GAGGGCAGGAUAGCGGAGAGCUCGCACUUCAGCUCCACGCUCAGUCCCGCACAGCCGCUCUAAGCCUCUCUCCCUGCCCUCUCCACCGCAGUUUCUUUUGGAGCACUUUGUGCGCAUACCCCAAGACCAGCCAUGGAUGCCAUCAAGAAGAAGAUGCAGAUGCUCAAGCUCGACAAGGAAAAUGCCUUGGACAGAGCUGAGCAAGCUGAAGCAGACAAGAAGGCAGCCGAGGACAGGAGCAAGCAGUUAGAGGAUGAAAUUAAUCAGUUGGAAAAGAAAUUACGUAUUACCGAAGACGAGAGAGAUAAACUGGCCGAAGAGUUCCAUACGGCUGAAGAAAAGCUACUAAGCGCGGAGGAAAUCGCCACCAAGGCUGAGGGUGAUGUAGCUUCACUGAACAGGCGCAUCCAGCUGGUUGAGGAGGAGUUGGAUCGCGCUCAGGAACGUCUGGCCACAGCCCUGCAGAAACUGGAGGAGGCAGAGAAGGCUGCUGAUGAAAGUGAAAGAGGCAUGAAGGUCAUUGAGAACAGGGCCUUGAAGGAUGAGGAGAAAAUGGAACUGCAGGAGAUUCAGCUUAAAGAGGCCAAGCACAUCGCUGAAGAGGCUGACCGAAAAUAUGAAGAGGUAGCACGUAAGCUUGUGAUCAUUGAGGGUGAUCUUGAGCGUACUGAAGAACGUGCUGAACUUUCAGAAAGCAAAUGUGCUGAGCUUGAAGAAGAGUUGAAAACUGUGACCAACAACCUGAAGUCACUGGAGGCACAGGCUGAGAAAUACUCACAGAAGGAAGACAAAUAUGAAGAAGAGAUCAAGGUACUCACAGACAAACUCAAAGAGGCUGAGACCCGUGCUGAAUUCGCUGAGAGGACAGUGGCCAAGCUUGAGAAGUCCAUUGAUGACUUAGAAGAUGAGUUGUAUGCUCAGAAACUCAAGUACAAAGCAAUCAGCGAGGAGCUGGACCACGCUCUCAACGACAUGACUUCAAUGUAAAUUUCUUCCAACUGUGUGCCUGCUUGCUUCUGUACUCCUCACAACCACCAAAUAAAUUCCCUUGUACUACCUUUUACAUGUCUUCCAAUGCAUCAACCAGUUCUCCUUUAACUAUCUUUUACCUGGUUCUUUCUCCCAACAUCCAUCCUUCCUUCCUUAAACCCUUUUAUAUUACUUCUGUUUAUGCAACUUCUAAUGGACCAUUCUUUUUUGGUGUUCAUUUGCAAAAUCUUGGGGAUAUUUAAUCUUUCAUACAAUACUACUAAAGAGAGUACAGCACACUUGCACUAAAGUAUCUCACAAUACAGUAUCUGAAAUUGCCUCCACUGGUGGACUGUAUUGGACAUAAAAAUGGAGAACAAAUAUAAUAGCUGGGGUAAUUAUUUUUGUGCUCCAUAUCAUUUUGUCAAAUACAGCAGCUGCUGUGCAGACUUGUUUAGGGUAUGGAAUACUUGUGGCCCUAUUUAUUUUACCUUUUGAUGUGACAUUGAAUUGCAGGAAGAGAUUUUAUUAUGAAAGUGGAUAGAAGGGAAUGGAACAGAGACCAUGAGCUUUUGUUGUGGGUCUUAUUGCAUUUAGCAGUAAUACAGAUACCUAGACAUUAGCAUGAGGAAGGGCCAAAACCCACCUUGUUUGGUAAUGGCAUAAAGUCAAGACUGUGCAAGUGUAAAGAUGCAAAUUACAAAGAUGCCAAGGAAUUUCUUGAACUGUGGAUAUGAUACAUACACUUAGGCUCCAUUAUUUGAUAAACAGAAGUCAAAAUCUCAAGGAAUUAACCUUUUCCCCCAAAAAUCACUUGCAUUCAUUGUUGAACAUCAUUUUUUUUGUCUACUGAAAUAUGGUCAUACUUGUGAGACUGUUCAAAGUAUUUGAGGUUAAGUAUGAGGGGUAGUUUUAAAUAUGAGGUUUAGUUUUGUCUUAAAACCUUUGAACAGUCACGCUUUUGUGCACUGCAUGUUCAUAUAUGAUGCUCUAUCCCAUCCCACAUAAGGGAAAACCUUCAACUGUACUAAUGGAAUAAAUCCUAAUAAAACUUUUCAUGGGUUCU